AUGUUGUCCUCUGCAAAGGGCAUGAAUACUGUGUAUAGGAGUGGCGGUGGUGGUGAUGGAACAGAAUCACCAAGAAAGCUAGAGAUCUUUACUGCUAAUAUUGACGGUGCUGGACAUGUACCUUCUGCAAGUAUUGACUUAAAUAACGCAACUUCUACUACUACUGCUGCUGAUUCCAUCUUGUUCUCCCUGGAUAACAAUGAGAAAGUGAUCGUUUUCAGUGAUGCUGCUGAAAAAUGCGCAACAAUGGUGCUUUCCGCAGUAUUUGAGGGUAUGUCACUGAAGCUGGAUAACACUUGUCCCCUAUCCAGUGUAGUACCGGAACCGGAUUUUGUUACUACAUCCAAGAAGUUAUUGGAGGGUACCAAGUUCAAUGCAUCUAAGCACUGUGCAUAUUCAUUAAGCAAGUCAGAUUUAAUAGAAUUGAAGCGUAGUAUCGUUAAAUCAGAUUUCAAACCCGUGCAAGACCCACUGUCAAUAUCAAAACUAAGGAAAAACUGUUCCGUUGAUUACCAUCCAUGGCAUAGUCCCAUAUUUGAAAUUAGUAGUUUGGAUUCCUCACGAUAUAUCUGCGAAAGUCUUGUCGAUUGUGACGAAAUUAGUGCUUCCCAGCCUUUCGUACUUUUCCCGUCCAUUAGGCUACUGGUUGCUGCUCUUUUAUGCUGUUGUUUCAUUGCACUUUCAGUGAGUACAUCAAAUAUGGCUGUAGCAUUGAUUUGCAUGACAUCCUGUACCAUAAAUGGUUAUAAAGGUGAUCUACAAUGGCGAAGUGAGCAGGAAGGCAUAAUAUUAGCAGCACAAAAUGUCGGUUCACUUCUGAUGGUGAUAACAGGACUGUGGGCCGAUCGGAUAAACGGUAAAUGGAUGAUCGGUGGUAGUUUAUUACUGUGUGCGAUUGCUAAUACAGUUCUACCAGUGAUGGCACAUGAAAGUGUAUGGUAUGCAGUUGGUGCAAGACUAGCAAUUGGCGCAGCGGACGCAUGCCUUACACCUGCUACCAGUUCUUUGAUAACACGAUGGUUCCCACAAAGUGAACGAGCAGCCGCAUUGGGUAUUGUUACAGGUGGCCGACAAAUUGGUACAUUAUUUAUUCUGCCAACAGCUGGUUACUUGUGUACACGUAAAGAUAUCAUGAAUGGUUGGCCUGCUAUAUUCUAUCUUAGUGGAUUGAUUUCUAUAUUAGUUGCGUUAUUCUGGAUUCCGAUGGGAGCUGACAAACCUUCCAAGCAGUACUGUAUAUCACGUCGAGAACAGAUAUUUAUCGAAAGCAGGAUAGCAUGCGAAUCAAUCGGUAAACGUACCGCUUCACGUCACACACCGUGGUCUGCAAUUGUUCGAUCGUCGGCAUUAUGGGCAGGAAUCUUUGCGCUUAUAUGCCAUGAAUAUCCACUUGUUAUCAUGCUGCAAUUCUUGCCUAAUUAUAUGCGUGACGUGUUGCACUUUGCACCUGCCAAGAAUGGAAUAGCUUCAGCGUUUCCAAUAGUCUGCUUAUUUAUAAGCAAAGCUUUUUCUUCUAGCUUUUCAAUCUGGCUCAUAAAACACACUGGCUGGACUAAAACUACUAUUUGUAAGAUAUUCAACGGUAUUGCAUCAGCAGGACUGUCACUGUGCAUCAUUACGGUACCACAGUUUGACCGAGAACGAUCUUCUUUUGCAACAAUUCCUUUAUGUUGCGGAAUGCUUUUUGCUGGUUUACAUACUCCGGGCGUACAAACGGCUUUGGUGCAACUUGCGCCACCGUAUUCAGGUAUCAUCACAGGUAUUUCCUUUUUUUUUGUUGCAUGGUUUGGCAUCGGUAAUAAACUUCUCACGAAGCAUAUUGUACAGCAUGGUACAGCGGAUGAAUGGGCUAAGGUAUUUUAUGUGUCCGGCAUAGUAGCAGCCUUACCAGUUGUAGUGUUUACAAUCUGGGGAUCCAGUGAGCGGCAGUGGUGGUCGGCACCCAGUUCAAAAACCUCAACACACAGCUUAAAUACACAAGCUACAGUAGUUUCCAACUGA